CGCCGGCUCAGAGCAGCGCACGCACCGGGGCGGAGGCAUCGCAGACCCGGGACACAUCUCGACGACUCCCCCUCACUCGGACCGGACUCGGGAUUUUGGAUUUUUGUGCUCUUCUCUCCUGAUCCUGACACACGUCGAUGAAGGAGAGACGCUCGUGUCUGACGGCCGCCAUGGAUCCGAGUGUCAGUGUGAAGUGUAAGAUCGUGGUGGUCGGAGACAGCCAGUGCGGGAAGACCGCGCUGCUGCACGUGUUCGCCAAGGACUGUUUCCCCGAGAGCUACGUCCCCACGGUGUUCGAGAACUACACGGCCAGUUUCGAGAUCGACACGCAGCGGAUCGAGCUCAGCCUGUGGGACACCUCAGGGUCUCCGUACUACGACAACGUGAGGCCUCUCUCCUACCCCGACUCCGACGCUGUCCUCAUCUGCUUCGACAUCAGCCGCCCCGAGACUCUCGACAGCGUGCUGAAAAAGUGGAAAGGGGAGAUCCAGGAGUUCUGCCCCAACACCAAGAUGCUGUUGGUUGGAUGUAAAUCCGACCUGCGCACAGACUUGAGCACACUGGUGGAGCUCUCCAACCACAGACAGACCCCGGUGUCCUACGACCAGGGUUCCAGCAUGGCCAAGCAGAUCUCGGCGCCCUACAUCGAGUGCUCGGCGCAGCAGUCGGAGAACAGCGUCAGAGACAUUUUCCACGUGGCCACACUGGCCUGCAUCAACAAGAACCACAAAAACGUCAAGCGCAGCAAGACCACCCGUGCCAACAAGAGGAUUUCGCACAUGCCCGGCAGGCCCGACCUGGCGGCCGUGGCCUCGGACCUGCGGAAGGACAAAGCCAAAAGUUGCUCCGUCAUGUGACUGUUGGGACUGCGGCGGAUCAGGACUGAGGAGAACGAGGACAGAACACAGUGUGAGCAGGAAACCACGGGGCGGCGCUCCGUCCUGCAUGCCAACGCCCCCCUAUUUGUCUGGAGAGGGCUUCGAUAAGCUUCAAUUCAUCUACAUGUUACUGGAAUACUCUGCACCAGCGAAAACUCAAUGCAUAGUAGCGUCCCAACUCAUUUGGCCCCCAAAGGAAGCUAUCCGUCAAGAGGGCUACCUGCCCGGGGAAGUGACCCGCUUCCUCUGGGAGGACGGAGCGGACGCGGCCCAGGCUUUUUUCUCGCACCAGCAGGAAAUGAGCAAGAGGAGUGAUGUCAUGAUUUGUGGAGGGAGGGUGUGAGAACGUGUGAUAUUUUGGAAGGAGAACCGAAAGUGUGCGAUUGGGGUGAUUUGAAUGGAAAAGAACAGGAGCUGAUGUUGCUCGUGAUGGAUCAACGACUUCUUUUUGUCGCCUGGAGGGUUGAACACAACAACUCAACCCCGUGGUCUGGAACUGAUCCGCCCUCGCCCAUGUAACUCCUGCAGGAACUGUAACUCCUGCAGGAACUGUAACUCCUGCAGGAACUGUGUGCGUGAGAGUCGAAGAGUCCUCGUCCGGCGCUGCGUGCCCCCUCCGUCUUUUGAUAUGUCGUCGGUAUAAUGUGAAGUCAUUGGUGUGUAACAUGCGUCAUCGUUUGAUUUAUUUUUGUAGCUUAUUUUCUGUUCAGCCGCCGAGCGCGGAUUCGAUGACUCGCAAACCGAGCUGUCGGAGCUUGAAACUGCACAUUUGUCCCGUUCAGACGCUCUAGAUGUGCAGCAAACUUUUUUUUGUUUUGUUUAUUCCUACGUGGUCCUUUUUGUUUCGUGGGCGUCAGGAACUCGUGGGCCUCCAUUUUGGAACAUGACAAACUGUAAACAACGGAACGUAGUGGUCUUGAAUUUGUGUUUUUCCUCUUCGCAGCAGUGCAAUUAAGAGGCUGUUUGAAUAUCAAAGGUAUUGAUGCACUUUUAAUGUAACUUCCCCAGUAGGUCCGUUCAAACGCCAGUGAUCUCACGCUUGGCAGAACCGACGCCCGACUCUAGUCCUUUUAAUUUCCCCAACCCGUCGUCUCUUUCCCCGUGUACAUGAUCUUGUCUUGUUGAAUGUUGAUCUCACCCUCAAAGAUGUCUUUGCCAAUGUUGUCGCGACAAUAUUUAUUGAAUUAUAUAUUUUCCCUUUAGAAUAAAUGCAAAUGGAACUGAA